CUCAUAGUCUUAUUGGUAGAUAUUACAUUGAGGCGUUAUACGGAAAAGCCGGGUGGCCACACACAGACACAGUAGACUAACAAGUUGCUAAUUUUGUCGGUCAAAUAAUGGCUACAACCGAUAAGGACCACCUCCCUGUUGCCAUAAUCCAUCGUCUCCCCAGCUUCAAUUACUCGGUCUCGUGGCUCCAACACAUCGUCAACCCGAUCGAACAUUCGGACCCCACUUACCCGGUCCAUCGUCUAUCCGCCCGGGUCUUAAUCGUUGUCGGUCCUAACCCACUCACUUCCGACCACUUGGACCAAUACCCGUCUGUUGAAUGCGUUAUUGGAACAUCCGCCGGUAUUGACCACAUUGAUCUAGCAGCGUGCCGGCGCCGUAAUAUCCGUGUCACUUCCGCCGGUGAUGCCUUCUCUGAAGACGGCGCUGAUUAUGCUGUUGGGCUUUUGUUGGACGUCCUCCGGCGUCUGUCUGCUUCUGAUAAGUAUGUUCGGGCUGGGUUGUGGCCCGUUAAUGGCGAUUAUCCACUUGGUAACACGUGUAGGAAACGAGUUGGGAUAGUUGGGCUUGGACAUAUCGGCAGCUUGGUUGCUAAACGGUUGGAGCCAUUUGGCUGCACCAUUGCCUAUAGCUCAAGAUAUAAGAAGCCACAUGUCUCCUAUGCAUUCUACUCCUCUGUUCUUGAUCUUGCAACCAAUAGUGAUGCUAUAAUCGUUUGCUGCGCGUUGACUGAAAAAACCCACCACAUUAUAAACCAUGAUGUCUUAACAGCUCUUGGCAACAAAGGCAUUAUCGUAAAUAUUGGGCGUGGGGCCCUGGUGGAUGAAAAGGACCUAGUGAAAUUCUUGGUUGAAGGUAAGCUUGGAGGAGCAGGUCUUGAUGUGUUUGAGAAUGAACCUCAGGUACCACAAGAGCUAAUGAAAAUGGACAACGUUGUAUUGUCUCCUCAUAAAGCUAUUCUAACACCAGAGUCAAUUGCAGCUGUGGAAGAGUUAGUUAUUGGGAAUAUAAAAGCGUUUUUUGCAAAUAAGCCACUUUUGUCUGAACUUAAUCUUAAUGAUUAAUGUUGGUUUGGAUUAAUUUGACACUUGUAAUUCUGUUUUAAUUUGCAGUAUAUGUUACAUUAUGUUACAUUAAUUAGCAAAACAUUCGAUUGUAUCAACCAUAUAUGCAUGUUAUCUUGUGUUCAA